UUUCCUCUGUGUCAACGGUGUCCCCUCUUCCUCCUCCUCCUCCUCUUCCUCCACCGUGAGUAACUCCAUGUGUGAUGAUACUGAGUACUGAGUGUCUGUUCUUUUGCUCUGGGGAUUAUUCAUAACACUCAAGCUCACUGUCUCCUUUCACAAAACUGUGUGACAACAUCCCACACACUAGCGCACACAUCUACGACACACAGAUACACACAUAUUUUGCAUUCAGAGCAAUAAUCUGACCACUGAUUUGUUUACACACCACGUGUUCUCAAAUUUGUAGUCGCGUCAUAAGGUGUCGAUUUACGUACUUCCUCUCAAAUUUGUAUUUGAUGGAAAGGUGUGUGUGGGAGUGAUGUGUGUUUGUGAUUUGGAAUGAGAUGUUUAAUGAAUAAUCCCCGUUUCUAAUACAUUAAUCAAAGGCAUUUAGUCACCUCAUAACCAUCACUCCUUAACAUAAACACUCAAUUAUUUCAAUAAUAGCCAAGGCCAAGUGUUAAUCAACAAGAUUCCAUUAUUACGGUAUACGUUUUGAUAUUAUUGCAAUAUUAACAUAAAACUUUCUUACUUUUCUCACUAUCUUCAAAAGAGACACUUUCUUGAACCAUGUUAUUGUUUGGCUACAAGAGGUAUACGAAUCUGCCAUACUAGCAUACAUUAAAGGUUCAUGUACCAGCAAAAUACUGGCUAUGCAACUCAGGUGAAAUGUCUCCAUCUAGUGUUCGUAUUGAGCACAUAAAAGCGACGCUAAAUAGAGACGGCGCAUUAGGUUUUUCGAUUUUAAGAGCUGAAAUACAUCUGUGGCUACCCUCUUAAAAGUAAACACAAAAAUAAGUCGAUGUGGUUGAUUUAUAAAUAACCCUGCGAGGAUUAUAGUCGCAUUGUACAGGCAGUGGUAGUGGAGGAAUGUCAGUUUUAAGUGACGUUAAUUGACCCUACAAAAAGUCAAAUAAGUCAUCUUGAUCUCUAUAUUCCUUUGACCCCAAAACUCUCCAUUAUACCGCAACGAAACGUCACCUGACCAAUGCAGACUCUGACAACCUGUCAAGCCUCACACACCAGAGCCUAUCAGACGGAGAGGAUCAGAUGGACCGCCUCCGGCAGGCGGAGCUCACCCGGACCACACCCAUGUCCAUGUGGAGGGCUGGAGCUGUGCAAGCCUGGCUUGAGGUUGUCAUGGCAAUGCCCAUGUACACCAGAGCAUGUUCCGAAAACGUCAGGAGUGGCAAGGUGCUCCUUGGGCUUACUGACGAUGACCUAGAAGUGGGCUUGGGCAUCAGCAACCCCAUCCACCACAGGAAGCUCAAACUGGCCAUCGAGGACUACAGGAAGGCUGAAGGAGGCCACAGGCUGUCCCACGCCUCAGAGCUGGACCCCCACUGGGUGUCCUGCUCGUGGCUGGACGACGUGGGUCUGCCCCAGUACGCCCAGAGCUUCCAGGACCAGCUGGUGGACGGCCGGGUGCUGGGCUCUCUGAGCCGCAGGGACCUGGAGCAGCACCUGGGGGUCAGAGAGCGGGACCACCAGCACAGCCUGCUGCUGGCCGUGCAGCUCCUGCAGCAGCUCAACUUUGACAAGGAGGCAUUGCAGGCGCGGCGCGCUAAGUGUGAACCGCAGGAUCAUGACCUGGUUGUGUGGACGUGUCACAGGGUGAUGAAGUGGAUCAGAGACAUAGACCUCCGGGAGUAUGCGGACAAUCUUAAAGGCAAAGGGAUACACGGGGCAUUGAUGGCACUGGACCCAUCGUUUGACACGGACACCAUGGCCAGGGUACUGGGAAUCCCCCUCAACAAACACAUGCUGCACCGGCACCUGUACCAAGAGAUGAGGCUGCUCUCCGUCCCACACAGCAGCGCAGAGCAGGAGCGUGAGAGCCUAGCUGGCAUCUCCCGGUCCCCUGGCUCCGCUAACCACUACGCUGCCAACAGAAUGGCAAUGAGAAGAUCAGUCAUGAGUCCUUCGAGGUUGCAUCCAAAAGGCCAUUCCGUGGACCGGGCUCUGGGUUUCCAUGGCAGCUGUGGAACUCUGCCUAGAGAGGCCAGGGUGCAAGCUGUUCCCCGAACCAAGGAGAGCCCUGUGCAUUCUUACAAGACUGUUGAGAUCUCCAACGUCUGAGGGAGCACCAGCCAAACGGAAAACCUCAAAGAGAAACGCUACGACUGCGCUCUUCAAUCCCAGACUGCUGUUGUUAUUUUCAAGGAACGCAAGUGUAUCUUUCAAGGAAGUUCUUAAAUGUAUUUAUACUUUGAAAGAGGUGGUGGUUGUCGAUGCUGUUAAAAUGUCUGAUAUGAAAUGUUAUUAUUCUGUUGCAGGAAUUGGCAUUUGACCAACUAAAAUGAAAAGCACAAAUACUGAAACUGUGUCGUGGUAUCUCAACCUUUUCCAUCAAAUCUAAUCGAGUAAUAAACUACCUGUCAAUUA